GAAGGAGAAAGAGAGAGAGAGAGAGGCAUAGGCUUCUGCUGCUGUGAGGAGAGCCCUUCGGCGGCAGCAGAGAAGAAGUCGAAGUGUUUUUGCCGCCCUGGGGAGGCGCGCGCGCGCUCCCGCUGCCUUCCCUCGCGCACAGCCGCACACUCCCUCUCCCUCCUCCCCCCCUCUCUCUCCCUCCUUUUCCUUUCCUUUCCUUGCAAAAGUUUCGCCUGCCCUCCUCCUCCUCCUCCUCCUCCUCCUCCUCCUCCUCCCUGCCAGGAUCCUCCUGCUCUUGCUCUGCUCCGCUCCGCCGCCGCUCCAACCUUGAACUUUUUUUUGGCAACGUGGUUUGACACAGGACCGUGGUGCAGCAGCAGCAGCAGCAGCAGCAACAACCCGCAAGCAGCGGCAAUAGCUUCUCCUCCAAAUAGAGAGAGAGAGAAACAGGAGGGGGAUUAAAAAAAAGGCAAAGCGAGGAGGGAGGGGGGAAAAAAGAGUCCUGCCGCCCCCUUCUUUUAACUCCCCCCCCCAUAUUCAUUCCGAGAGAGAGCGGGAGAGAGCGCGCGCGCCAAAGCGGAGCGCGAGAGGCUUCGGAGUGGGUUUCCCGCGGGAAGAAGCCCUCUCCGUCCUCCUCUCUGGAAGUGCGGGACUGGCUUGAGUGCGCGGGGUUCGGGCUCCAAAAUGCCUCGGUAAAGCAGGCAGCGGCCACGACCCGCUUCUUGAGCCUCUUCCCCGCCUCGAAGUGCGCGCCUUCCGAAGCAGCAGCAGCAGCCGCAGAAGAAGGCGUCAUGAUGUAUUCGCCCAUCUGCCUCACUCAGGAUGAGUUUCACCCAUUCAUUGAGGCACUUCUUCCACAUGUCCGUGCAAUCGCCUACACUUGGUUCAACCUUCAGGCUCGAAAACGCAAGUACUUUAAAAAGCAUGAAAAGCGAAUGUCAAAGGAUGAGGAAAGAGCAGUCAAGGAUGAGCUACUUAGUGAAAAGCCUGAAAUUAAACAGAAGUGGGCAUCUAGGCUUCUCGCCAAACUGCGCAAAGAUAUCCGCCAAGAGUAUCGGGAGGAUUUUGUGCUCACUGUUACUGGGAAGAAGCACCCAUGCUGUGUAUUGUCCAAUCCUGACCAGAAGGGUAAGAUUAGGAGAAUCGACUGCCUGCGACAGGCAGACAAAGUCUGGCGCCUGGAUCUAGUCAUGGUGAUCCUCUUCAAAGGUAUCCCCUUGGAAAGUACGGAUGGAGAACGGCUCAUGAAAUCCCCCCACUGCACAAAUCCAGCACUUUGCGUUCAGCCACAUCACAUAACAGUAUCAGUCAAGGAGCUUGAUUUGUUUCUGGCAUACUAUGUGCAGGAUCAAGAUUCUGGACAAUCAGGAAGUCCAAGCCACAAUGAUCCUGCCAAGAAUCCACCAGUGUAUCUUGAAGAUAGUUUUGUAAAAUCUGGAGUCUUCAACGUAUCAGAACUGGUGCGAGUGUCUAGAACGCCGAUAACCCAGGGAACUGGAGUAAACUUCCCUAUUGGAGAGCUUCCAAGUCAACCAUACUAUCAUGAUAUGAACUCGGGUGUAAACUUACAAAGAUCACUAUCCUCUCCACCAACCAGUAAGAGACCGAAAACUAUAUCCAUAGAUGAGAAUAUGGAACCAAGCCCAACAGGGGACUUUUAUCCUUCCCCAAAUUCACCAGCUGCUGGGAGUAGGCCAUGGCAUGAAAGAGAUCAAGAUAUGUCUUCUCCUACAAUGAAGAAACCUGAAAAGCCUUUGUUUAGCACUACAUCUCCCCAGGAUUCUUCUCCAAGACUGACCACUUUCCAGCAUCACCAUCCAGGGAUCCCAGGAGUUGCACACAGUGUCAUCUCAACUAGAGCUCCACCUUCACCUUCACCAUUGCCAUUUCCACCACAAGCUAUUCUCCCUCCUACCCCAACUAGCUACUUCUCUCAUCCAACAAUCCGAUACCCUCCUCACCUGAAUCCUCAGGAUACUCUGAAGAAUUAUUCUUAUGACCCGUCCAGUCCACAAACCAGCCAGCCUAACAGCAGUGGUCAAGUAGUAGGGAAAAUGCCUGGCCAUUUUACUCCAGUUUUGGCACCCUCUCCCCAUCACAGUGCGGUGCGACCUGUGACCCUCACCAUGACAGACACUAAGCCCAUCACAACAUCCACUGAAGGUGAGGCAUCUUCACCUACACCAAUCACCUACACAGCCUCAGGCACAUCCCAAGCCAAUCGAUAUGUGGGACUAAGUCCAAGAGACCCUUCCUUCCUACACCAACAACAGCUGAGGAUUUGUGACUGGACCAUGAAUCAAAACGGCAGGCAUUUAUACCCCAGUGCCAAUGAGGAUACAUUGGGAAUUACUUGGCAAAGUCCUGGUACCUGGGCUAGCUUGGUUCCUUUUCAAGUAUCAAACAGGACACCAAUCCUGCCCACAAAUGUCCAGAAUUAUGGUUUGAACCUAAUUGGAGAGCCUUUCCUUCAAGCAGAAACAAGCAACUGAGGGAGAUCAAAACUGAACAAAAUACUAUAAAAAAGAAAGGAAGACGGGACAAAAAACGCAGAAGAAAAAGAACCUGAAGAAAGAAGAAACAUAGACCAGCAAUUGCAGCACUUACAAUCACUAAUUCCCUUAAGGUUGAAACUGUAAUGAUGUGUUGUUUUUUUUAAAAAAAGGGUCGACAAUAUUUCACUGAUGAGUAGAAAGAUGUUCCUCCUACGUAGCCUUUGUUCUAUGAAAUCCACUGGGAAAUAGAUGUUUUGUCUCUGACAAUAUAUUUUAACUGACUUUCUAGAUGCCUUAAUAUUUGCAUGAUAAGCUAGUUUAUUGGUUUAGUAUUCUUGUUGUUUACGCAUGGGAUCACUAUUCCUAGUUAGCUCUCAAAACAAAGGCUAGGAGGCAUCCAUAGAGCUGCAGGAGAAUGAGGGCCAUGAAUGAGCCAACCUUUCUCAGUGCUCUGAUUUCUAAAAGUUUUUUUUUAAAGGAAAAAAAAACAGAAACCAUUUAGCCUUUAGUUAUCAACUCAAAUUUAUUUGACUUUGGCCCUUAACCCAGAUGUUUCCUAAUGCAUAACCUGUUUGAAAAUUUUCAGGAAGACAUUUAAAUAAACAGGCAUUUUAUAGAAUUAAUGCCUCACUUUAGGUUUUAAAAAAGUGUUAUUGUCUCAUAUGACAGUAAAAACAAAAAGAGAAAGACACUAAAAAUAAUUUCCCCCACAAAGGAAAACAUUUAGAGGCAAGUGCAAUUUUAAAAUUAUAUCUAAAGGGGAUCAUUGUUAUAAGUCCUUUAGCCCUUGGACUCUAAAUUGAGGGGAUUAAAAAAACAAGAAGACUUUCAAAAGUAUUUCAAGCAAAUUUAUUUUUUCCCUCAGUUUUGAAAGGGGGGCAUGAAAAGGCAUUAAUUAAUUCAAGACAAAUCAUGUACUUGAGAGAAAGAAAUUAAUUGAAACACAGCACUUAUGUUGAUUUAGCUUCUGCCUCCUUUGAGGUAUCUUAUUUAUUUAAAGUUACUGGUUGAAUCGAGAACCCACAGAGAAUAGGAAAGGUUCUAUAAAAUCUUCAUCACAGAGACGGAGAGAGGUAAAUCCAUGUCACUGGGGCAAAGCUUACAGUUUACAAAUGGAAAUGCCAGGUUGUUUUGGGGGGAGGGGGGGUCAAAUAUAUUUUUUAAAAAAUGCACUCUUUGAAAAAGCCUAAUGACAGGGUGCUGAAAACUUGCAUGGUGCUCUCAGAAAUUAGCCUUGUUGACAGAUAAUUCUCAUACUGACAGUAAUGUGCAUGGGCAGAUACAUUUUGCCUCUAUGUCUCUAUAAAAAAUUAAUUAAACCUACUCUAUCCAGUAAUCCUAAUUUGCACGAAGUUAUAAUGUCCACAUAACGUGCCUUGCCUUGAAAUCUAAAAAGUGACAUCACUACACUUGUUUUGCUGCAUUUAUUAUCAUUUUAAAUCUUUACCAUUUUUAUGACAAAAAUAUUUUGUACUCCAGAUGGGAAAACGAAAAAAAAGUGACAUCAUGGAUUUUUUAAGCAGUUAUAACUUUAUCUCACAUUUAUAAAGCAUAUCAUGGCUGUGUAUAGUUGCCGCUUAAAAAUUGUAAUCGACCAGCAAUAUUUUCAGUAUUUUGGUGUUUUUUCUAUUAAUCUUUCAUGUUUUUCAUCUUCCAGUUAAUAUUGGGGGGAGGGGAUUCAAAUUUAUACGAAUUAUGCAAUACCAAGUUUUGCCUAUGUAGGUAGUGCUUUUAGCUGUAUUGGUUAUUAUAGGUAAGUACACAGAUUUAAAAGACAAAAGAUUGAUGUAUGCUUUUUCGUUUGUUCAUUUGUUUGUUUUAAUUGACCAAAGUGGGUACUGCUAUUUUUGCAGUGUGAUGAGGUCCUUUUGUGUACUAAGAGAUGGACAGGGGAUUUUUUUUAUACAUACAUAUAUCUAUAUAUUCUGGGGUGGGUGGGGAGGAUUUUUAACACUUGACAGUGUAGCUGUGAAGCAGUGCACCAUUGGCUAGGUGAGGGCUGCAAAGCGACUCUUCUGCCUACUGUGAUAAAAAUCUCAAAAAAGGUGACUUCUUUUUAACUUUCCACCUGGGGUGCAAGCUGAACGCAUUUCUGGUUUAAAAAUAAUAGUAGUAAUAAUGAUUACAAUGGUAAAUAAAUAAAUAAAUAAUAGAUUCUGUUGAAGGCAGACUUGAGUUGAGGAAAAAAAUAUUUUUUUUCCAAUUUGAGACAUUGAGACCCACAGAGAGCAAAAGGCCUUUUAAAAGAUGCAUCAUCCCUUCAUCAUGGCAUUAAACAAAACAUAAAUUGAAGUUAAUGAUUGCACACCCAAUAUACACCGAUAAAAACUUUUCCUCCAAAGGCAUCACAUUAUAUUUUGUAUUUCAGCUGAAAUGCCCAGGAACAAAGAAAAACAAGUAGCUUGUGAUUAUCAAGUGCUCUUUUCUUUCACAGCCUGACUAUAGAUUGCAAUCAUUGGCACAUGAACAUCAGUCACUACUCCUUCUUUGAGAAUAGUAGAGUUAAAGGGGACCUUUGAGUCCAACUUUUGGCUAAGUGUAUGGUGCAGCAACAGUAACCCUGCCAGCAAGUUGUCCAAGCUCUGCUUCAAUAACUUCUGGAAAAGUGAUCCCACCAUCAUGAAGGACUGUCCCCAUAUCCCACCUCUGCCCACAGCAAGGCUGAAACAUAUAUGCUGUGGACAGGAUCUACUGCUUUUAGUCUGUUACAUGCAACUCUCUCUUCCCCAUUAUGUUCCUAACACUGGCAGGAAUAAAAGGAAUGAGCAAUCACUUUGGUCUAUUCCAGACUUCUCUGUCUGUAGAAGCAGUUGUGGGAACACUUCAGAGUUCAAGUGAUUGAGGCAUAGCUGUCCCAUUUCCAUAUGACUAGCUGCAGCAUUUAGCCAUACUCUUACAUUUUAUAUAAAGGGUGCUAAGGAAGAGAUUGAGUCUUAAUGCUCUAAUUCAAAAGACUGGAUCACAACAUCUAAAAGAAGUUUAUACUUCUUUGAGCACUUCAGCCGAUAAACACUUAAAUGGAGUUUUAUACAAUAUUAUCAAGUUAUGAAGAAAUACUCUAUUCAAAUAAUUCCUCUUUUAAAUAAAAUGAUUUGAGAGAAAAUUAUCCAGAAAAUAUAAAACUCUUGAAGCCAGGAAUGAACAAAGUUCAUCCCCAUCCCAGUAUGCUUUGGUGCCCUUUCAACUUCCUCAGCUGCUCCCUUUCCCACCACCAAAAGGUGAAUUGUGUUUCCUGGAAGUGUGCAAGGAGAAGAAAUCUGCCUUCUAUUUAAAUAGGUAGCAAAGCUCCUCUCCAAUGUUACCAGGAGCAUUAAAAAAAAACAGAAGUAGAUUUCCAGCCACUUCUGUUCUGUAUUUGGUUUAGUUUUGCUUUUUUGGCAAUCCAUGUAGCCCCUGCAAGGUUCCAGGGAAUGAAAUUAACUUCUGGACUUGCUGCGCUUUCCCAGCCCACCUUAGAUGCAUUGUGUUUUUAAGUGAACAUGGCUAUGAAUCAUGACUGUUUGCUUUUUUGUCUUUUUCUUCACAGCAGCAUCCUAGUGCUGAAUCACAAACAGCUACUAAAAAGGCCUUCUGUUUGAAAAGCCACUUAGUAAGCAGUGGCCACGGCUUUUAUUUUAAAAAAUCAGUUCUAAUAAUAAUAAUGGUUCUGAAAUCUCACUUUAUUAGUGGAGUUGAAUUCCUAGAUUUCAGACUACAUUUCUCUUGAGUUUCCACUUGUAUCACCAGUAAUGGUGAAUGCUAUUUUAAUUGUUGUUUUCUCCUUCUUGAAUCCUUUUUAAAGUAGUGAUAGCCAUGGGAAGACCAUCUGAUGGAACAUUGUCUUUCUCUGGAGUUUAUUUUUUACCGACUUCCAAUGUUGUGUCUAAAACAAUAGCAUUUUUGUGGUCACAUCAGUAAAACUCUCUAAGACAGUUGCAUCUGCAAGGCUUCCUGGAAGUUUCAGAGAUGCAGGGAUAUAUAUAUAUAUAUAUAUAUAUAUAUAUAUAUAUAUAUAUAUAUAUAUAUAUCAUUUGGAAGAUUUAGUUUUAGCUGAAUUAGGAAUUCAACCAGUUAUAUGUUGGCUCUCUUUUUCUGAGCCCAAUUGUAAGUGAAUUAAUUCACUAACUGUAUGGCUGCUGGAAAUAACUGAAAUGCUCAAGCAGAUCUUUCUGGGACUCCCUUAUCAGAUAUCAUACCAUCUUCUCUCAGGAAAUCACUUAAUAAUCAGAUAGGGAUGAUGUAGUUGUAUGGAGGAUUUCAAUUGUGCAGGUAUUCAGUAGGAUGCUAUUUAAACUUGGACAGUAAAACAGGAUGAAAUAAAGAUGAGUUCAGACUUUAAAGUGCAAUAGUUUAAAAAUACUGAUCCCUGUAUAGUGGACAGUCUAAACUGAACUUUUUCAAAUAAUCCUGAUCUAUUGUAUACAAGCAAUGGAUUUAUACACACAAGGGGAGAUGCUAUUUUAAAAGGACAAACUUGCUCCAUGAAAUCUUAUUUUCCCCUCCUUUUAAUUAUUUGAUGAUCCAGGCCAUUGACCUGACAGCAUCAAAUGCAUUAAGUGCUCUGAGGAGGGUGAUCUCUGUGGGGUUUUCUGCCUCUGUUGCUAAUAUAAAGGCUCAUUGGAACUGCACCUUUUUAUUCUUAACUUUUCUUAAAAGCUGAGAAUUCAGAUGUUUAAUGACAUGUUGCAAACUCAAACCUAGUCUGAGCCUCCUCCUUCACCAGGAAGUAUCUUCUGACUAAACCAAGCCACCCCGUUCUAUGUGCACUGUUCCACCUUUAUUCAGUUGCUUUGCAGCCCUGGCCUCUUGGCAGUGCCACUGAAGUGUGUUUUCCCCUAGAAUGACAUGAACAUGUGAGGCUUGACUAAGGAAAAAAGGCAGUGAAGGAGACUGUACAUAAAGACAUGGCAAAAUAUUAAAUAUAGCAAUAUAGUUGUGCGUUCAGGUGGGCAGCUCCAUUUAAAAUAUGUGAAUGAACCUGUGAAGCUGCAAGUAGAGAAGAACGGAGAAUCUUCUUAAGGAACCACCUACCUUGUAGACAGUA